CCGGUCCACGUGUGCCGUCACGAAAACCACCGCCUUUGUGGGGACGUGCUCACUCUGCUGCGUCGGACCGGGGUCGCCGCGUGCGUCGUUCCCUUUUUUGUUAUUUAUUUUGUCAACAGAGGUGGGUUUUUUUCUUUGGACACAUCAUUGUCAUCAGGGUAAGCCAUGCCUUCAGUUCCCUCAUCCAAAGAGGCUGCCGUCAUGGGCCCCGUGUGCCCUCACGCCGCCAAGCUGCACAGCCACACCAACGGAGACGCCAAGCUCCGCGAGGGAUUGUUCCCGCUGAAUGGGGUCGACAAGACGGCAACGGUGUCAGACGCCAGGGAGGCGCACCAAACCAGUCAGAUCAACACAAAGAUCGCUUCUCCGGAGAGGAAAUGGAUCCGGCCUGACCUUCCCAGCCGCUGCAAAUGGAGCCUGGGAGCGUCGAACGCCAACUCUCCUCACACGCAAGUUCCAAGAACUGUCGCUCCCGCCAUCCUUCCAAACAUCCUGCACAGGAUUGGUGACACUCCCUUGGUUUGCAUCAACAAAAUCCCCAAAGCGUUUGGACUCAAAUGUGAAUUAUUGGCCAAGUGUGAGUUCUUCAAUGCUGGCGGCAGCGUCAAGGACAGGAUCAGCCUGCGGAUGGUGGAGGACGCCGAGAAAGCCGGGCUCCUCAAGCCUGGAGACACCAUUAUCGAGCCCACCUCUGGAAACACCGGUAUUGGAUUGGCCCUGGCUGCAGCAGUGAAAGGCUACCGCUGCAUAAUAGUCAUGCCGGAGAAAAUGAGCAUGGAGAAGGUGGAUGUCUUGAGAGCUCUCGGAGCAGAGAUUGUCCGCACGCCCACCAGCGCCCGCUUCGAUUCGCCAGAGUCUCACGUGGGCGUUGCCUGGCGCCUCAAGAACGAGAUCCCCGACUCCCACAUCCUGGACCAGUACCGUAACCCGAGCAACCCACUGGCCCACUAUGACACCACAGCUGAAGAGAUCCUGGAGCAGUGCGACGGUAAAGUGGACAUGCUGGUGGCAGGAGCAGGCACAGGGGGGACGAUCACAGGCAUCGCCCGCAAACUGAAGGAGAAAUGCCCCAACAUCAAAAUUGUUUGCGUUGACCCAGAAGGCUCUAUCUUGGCUGAGCCUGAAGAGCUUAACAAGACUGAUAAGACCAUGUACGAGGUAGAGGGCAUCGGGUACGACUUCAUCCCCACUGUGCUGGACAGAUCCGUGAUUGAUACCUGGUACAAGUCCAAUGAUGAGGAAUCCUUCAACAUGUCUCGUAUGCUGAUAAGAGACGAGGGCCUGCUCUGCGGAGGCAGCUCUGGAACGGCCAUGGCAGCAGCGGUGAAUGUCGCCAAAGAGCUGAAGGAGGGCCAACGCUGUGUGGUCAUCCUGCCUGACUCCAUCCGUAACUACAUGUCUAAAUUCCUGAAUGACAAGUGGAUGGUAGAGAAAGGCUUCCUGAGGGAGGAGGACCUCAUGGUGAAGAAGCCAUGGUGGUGGAACUUGAGGCUGCAUGGUUUGAACCUGUCGGCCCCUCUCACUGUGCUGCCAACCGUCAGCUGUCAGAAGACCAUAAAAAUCCUCAAGGAGAAGGGUUUCGACCAGGCGCCCGUAGUGGAUGAGGCUGGGUUAAUCCUGGGUAUGGUGACUUUGGGGAAUAUGUUGGCCUCGAUUCUGGCGGGGAAGAUCAAGGUGUCAGACCCAGUCAGCAAAGUGCUCUACAAGCAGUUCAAACAGAUCCGACUGAUUGAUAACUUGGGAAAGCUUUCCCGGAUUCUGGAAACUGACCAUUUUGCCCUGGUGGUUCAUGAACAGAUCCAAUACUUGACUGACGGCACUCCCAGUCUGAAGCAGAUGGUUUUCGGGGUGGUGACGGCCGUUGACCUGCUCAACUUCGUCACAGGGCACGAAAGGAGAGAGCGAGCCCUGUCAGAGUCGACUGACGAGAUGUGAUUGACACACACUUGUAUUUUUCAUACAGUAACAUAACAAACACGAUGAAAAAGUUUAGUAGAUGUGUUUUAAUUGAGGUAAGCUUUUUUUCCCACUUUGAAAAAUGAGUUUCCUUAAUUAAUAUUUGAACUUCAGUCUUACAAUACAAUAUGCAAAAUAUGUUUGCCAUUUUGUGAUGGUACUUACUUGAGGCAUUUGAUUAUUGCUUAUUAUAUCUGCUUGUAGUAAUCCAAGCAAUCUGUUGUAAGUUCAUAACUUGUAGAAAGCUUUUUGUUUUGUAUCAGCUUCUUGAAAAGAGUCCUCCUUUUCUGUCUACUUGUUGUAAUAGUAAAUGAUUGUCUACCAAUCAAACAUCAGAAAAAGGAUAAUAGUUUAAAGGCCACCUCCAUCUCAAUAAUAUAGAUGAGACAGUUGCUGUAUAUAAGCAUGUGUUUUCUGCAUAUGUGCUGCUCUUUCAUUUGAGGACGUGUACGCAAAAAGAAAUGCAUGUAGGGACUGUUUAAUCUUAGCUGUCUAUGAGAAUCAUUUUUUUAUUGCAUCAUUUUUCUUCAUGAAUAUGUAUGAUUAAAUAAAAUUUAAAGAGUCUGAAAA